UAGCACAAAGUACUAUAUGACUAAUUUAUCCAACUUAAGACUAAAGUGGGAGUUAUUAUAGAAUAUGUACCAGGACGGAAGCAUUCUAACACAAAAUAAUAAAAACUACCAACCAGCAUACAGUCAAUAAAGACAGAUCAUUUACGCUUUCUGGUUCUAAAAGUAAUUCAAUGAUCUGUUUCUCAAUGCAUAUUGCAGAUCGUGUUGAAGAUACGAAUGCCUAAGGAAGCCCAUUUCCGCUAGCAAAAACAAAGUUAAAGUUAAUGGGUUUUUUUUGUUGGCGGAAAAAAUGCACCAACACUUUUGCUGCAUCCAUGUAACCAUGACACUAACCAAAUGUUUCCUGUUGCUGUUCAAUGAAGGUGGCCACCUCAGCCACAUCGGUUUUAUUCUUUCUACUCCAGAGCUGCUUCUUGCUUAAAAUCCUUUCAAGGAUAACAUCACCACUGUGCCUGCGCCGGCGCCUGCGUAUCAACCAGAUGGAUUAGAUGGGGUUAAAAAAACUGUGCAAAUGGUGGUCCUGGUCCUCUACUGCGUGAUAUUUAUGGCUGGGACUCUGGGCAACGGUGUGGUCAUCUAUGUGACAGGCUGCAGGAUGAAGAGAACAGUCAACUCAGUUUGGUUUCUCAACUUGGCUCUGGCUGACUUCCUCUUUACAGCCUUCCUGAUUUUCAAGAUCAUUUCUGUCUCUCAGGAGCAACAAUGGCAAUUUGGACAAUUCAUGUGCAAGCUCUUCCACUUUGUGAGUUUAGUCAACAUGUUUGCAAGUGUCUUUCUUCUGACAGCCAUAAGUCUGGACCGUUGCCUGUCGAUCUGGGUGGUGGUGUGGGCACACAACAAGCGCACCGUUCGCAAAGCCCAGGUCAUAUGCGUUGUCAUCUGGAUGACUGCUGCGGUCUGCAGCACCCCUGAUGCCACCUUUCGGCAGCUUGUGUUAAUAGAGGAGAAGUUUUACUGUUCUUAUUUUGUAACCACACCAUUUUGGAGUCUCUACAUGUUUCGCUUUGUCAUGGGCUUCCUCAUCCCUUUCCUGGUAAUAUUGGUCUCUAAUGUGGCCAUAGGUGUUCGUACAGGGCGCAUGCAGACGACCAGGAAACAGAGAUCUCGCCGAAUCACUUUCGCUAUCAUUGUGGCAUUCUUCAUCUGCUGGUUGCCAUUACACAUUAUUUAUAUAAUAGAAUUAAAUGCCCAGACUAACCCAGAUCUCUGGAAGAUUGUUCAAAUUGGGGGUCCUCUGGUUCAUAGCCUCGCUUUUUUGAACAGCUGCCUGAACCCCAUUCUCUAUGUUUUCAUGUGUGAUGAAUUCCAGAAGAAGCUCAAGCAGUCCAUAUGCUUUGUCCUAGAGAGUGCCCUGGCAGAGGACCACUUGUCAUUCAUGUCUUCUCGCAGCUUGUCGUCACACUUUUCUCGGGUAACCCGGAAGUCUGACUCUACUGCACCCGUGGAGAGGCAAGGCACAUCCACUUCUUUGAACUCAGAAGAAAGCAAAGUGGGCAUCACUGUGGAGAGAGAGAGAGAGACGGGCAGCACUGAUUAGGACUGCCAUCACAGGACGUGUAAAUCUAAUGUGUCCACAUCAAACUUAGGGAGAAAAGAGCACAAACAUGUUUGUUACAAAUAACAUGUUGAAUUGAUUUGGUCAGUACAUCUGUGAAUAGAAAAAAAAUUGUUUAAAUAUUUGCUAUGUGUGAUUUCAGUGGGUUUAUUUUGGAUUACAGCCACUAAUACUCACAAUCAGGUGUCUACAAUUAUGGUUGAUAAAACAUCCUCAUUGACUCCCUUGUUACUUAUGUU